AUGGAUCUCGCAACAAUAGAACAGUUCGCGGGGACACUACUGGUACUCGAAAAACUUCAAAACUUGAUCAAAAUUACUUUUAAUUCGGAAUUUGUUUUCAGGCGCCCCCAAACUUGGUAUCGGCGGAAGCUCGCGAGCAGGCUACGUACUUUUUCGAGGAUUUAAAAAGGAAAAUUUCUCUAAACGAAUGUUUGAUUCUUUUAAGUAAUUCCGCGUCCAAAGUAAAAAAAAGCGUCCACAGUUCAAAGAAAUCCCAGCAAAAUCCGCGUGAUUUCCGGGUUUUUCUUUAAACUUUGGACGCGGCAUAAGAAACUGCAUUCAAUAUUUUAAAAAAGCUUGAUUAACAGGAGAAUCCAAUAAUUCGUUCGUUCUCUUCCAAAUUGGACAAGCCGUCGGAGAACUUGUGCUCCGAGAUUGGGCUCUGAUCGAGACGAACGAUGUGCAAGUGGCCUACAAGACCCUUCUCGAGUUUGUUGCCACGUCAUUAAGGUGCGUUUUAAACACUUUACACAAAACCGUUCACUUUUCCAGCCUAGAAUCGUACGUGGUCGGAGCAUGUCUCAAAUCGGCGGCAAUGAUCAUCAAACGAGGAAUUCUUGACGGAAAAUCGGGCGAUCAGGAGGAAUUGUACCGAUUUAUUCAUCAAAUGCUCACCAAUGAAUCGGCGACCAUUCAGGCGGCCGGAUGUCUUUUUAUCAGUGCUCUCAUCGAGCAGUUCUCGUCGGCAUGGCGGAAUUCAAAAUUCUCAAUCACUUGGGACUUUCAUCUUCAGGCAAAAUCCACUUUUGAGGUUAUUUUUUUUCACACGACCGACAAUUUAUUAAGUAUUUCAAUUUUCUUUCAGAAUAACGGCCUGCGACGUCUUCUGGAAAUGUCCCUUACCACCCUGCACGCCCUUUCCAAUCAAAACGAUAUCGUCGGAGAUAACUUCACCCGACGGCUGUGCGAUCGAUUUCUAGAAGUUUCCGAGAACAUUCUGUCCUGGAACUUCUCGAGCAGACUCUACAGAAGGUUCUUGAGCAAUCAUCAGGUAA